CAUACACAUUCAGUUCACGAUUAAUGGUUCUAUCUGAUAAAAAAAAACUCAUGGUAAAUCUUACCCAUUCCAUUCGCGUUCAUUUAUUUGGCCAUCGAUUCUUCAACUGAUUUCAGCAGUUUAGCAAUUUGAUGGGCUUAACAGCCAAAACACCCGCUUCCAGAAAUCAUUUGCGACAGCAGCAAUUAUGACACUGUCAGAUUGUCAAAUUUUUGAAACGUCAACGAAUCAAUCACCAACAACCAUGUCGCACGUUUUCAAAUUCUAAAUAGGUAAUGCAAUUUUUAAGAGUUGAAAUGGAACUAAAUAAUCAAAUAAAAUGGGAAAUAAUCACAACGGCACAGAUUGAGAAUCAGAAUAAAUUUUGGAGAGCGAUUUCGUUAAGCGUUACUAAGCCGCAUCUCAUAAAUCGACGAUUGGCGGGUGCUGAACAAAUAUGUGUGUUUCGCAGCAGUGACAAUGGUUUGAAUGCCGAUGGGCGAUUCAUUGAUCGAAUGGUGGAUCUCAUCGAGAGCAAAAAUGAUGGUGAAGUCAAUGUAGAUUUCCUAAAAGCCGCGAUACAUCGAUUUUACACUCAAAAUGACUUCGAAUUGAUGGAUAUCCAGGAUCUGUCCAAAUGUGAUUUGAGCACAGAAAGGCAAAUCUUAGUCAUUCUCAACAAAUUGUUACCCAAAAAUCUAGUAUCACACAAUUGCACGUAUGAAAUCAAUAUUUUAGACAGCGGCAAUAAUCAAGCGGCAUUUUUGAACUUGCAUCGGAAUCAAACGACUGGAUUCAUCAAGCGGUUCGUGGUUCAUUUGAAAGACAGCGAAAAGACGGAAAUGGUUUUGAUGGCACCGAAUGUAGUCGAUGAAAACUUCAUGCGUCAAAUCACUUGGAUAAAACAUGUGUUCAUUCCGAAAAUAUCCAAAUGGAUUGUGUCUAUGGAAACGGACUAUGGAGAAAGAAAAAAGUCGGCAUUCGACGCUGUUGAAUCGCUUUCGCUGAUCAAUCUGACGGAAUACAAUGGGCUGUACAAUGAUUUGAAAGUCAAGUACGGGGAGCAUAUGGUCAAGAUUUGGCCAGAAAACACUGACCCACUGAAAUUCGUGUAUGAGGAUGUAGCAAUUGCCACCUAUUUGAUACUGCUGUGGCGUGAAGAACGUCGUCGACUGAAUACGGAUCGUUCACAAUCGUUUGUGGACUUGGGCUGUGGAAAUGGACUGUUGGUGUACAUUUUAUCCGGCGAAGGCCAUCGGGGAUAUGGAAUCGAUGUGCGAAAACGUGGCAUUUGGGAUUUGUACCCCGAAACCACUGUACUCAAGACAUUGGCAAUAGUUCCAUCAGAUAGCUCACUUUUUCCAGACGUUGAUUGGAUCAUUGGAAAUCAUUCAGACGAAUUGUCCCCAUGGAUUCCGGUCAUCUCCGCUCGUAGUUCAUACAAUUCACGAUAUUUUCUGUUACCAUGUUGUGCAUUCGAGUUCAAUGGGAAAAAAUUUCAGCGUCGCAAUGGCACUGUAAGUCAGUACAUGGGCUUUCUGAACUAUGCACAGGAAAUCAGCGAUGUAUGCGGGUUCAAAACGCAAAUUGACCGCUUGAAAAUACCGAGCACAAAACGAAUUUGUCUUAUCGGAAGCGAACGUACGUACACUGCUGCUGAGCAAAGCGAUAGAGAAAAUCGAAUACAAGAAUUCAUCAAUACCAGCAGCAAAACGACAAAUAGUGCGAGCAAUUGGAAUAAUGACUUUCAACCGCGAUCAGACGUUGAAAAAGUUCAAAAUUGUUCAAAAGUCGAUAAAAGUAUCCAGAAGGAAAUUGUCGACAUCGUAUUUGUCGAAGUGAUGAAGAAGAAACGAUUUUUGGCCGAUUCCCAUAAACCAAACUGGAACUUGGGUGGAAAAGUGUCGCUGGUCGAUUUAGCUAGAAUCAUUCCCGGUGAUAAAUUGAAAGCAUUGAAAUCCGAAUGCGGCGGUCUACAAACAUUGCUCAAAAAUCAUUCGCAAAUUUUUCGCGUGAUUCAAGGAGCCGUCGAAAUUAAAGUGCCUGCCAAAUGGUGUGAUAAGAAGCGAGAACUUGAAGCGAAGGGCAUUAAUGUGCAAUUAAAACAGAAACCAUGCUGGUUUUAUCACAAUCAUCCCGAUGGAUGUCCUUUAAUCGACGAUGACUGUAGCUUCAGUCAUUCGAAUUGUUGAGUAAACUAUAUCUGAAAGAAAAAAAAUUGAUUUGGACAAUAAAAUAGAGACGAUUUGUUUAUAAGCCAA